GCCAAUCGUAAACUUGGAUUUUCAGAAGGCGUUUCAUACUUUUUGGUUGUGGUUUAUGUGCUUGAACUUGAAGAACCUUUUUUCCAAGCACGUGCUUUAAUACCAACCAGCAUUUCUCAGUAUUUUCAUAGGAAGAAAAACAAGUUAAUUUUGAAAAAGUAAUUAUGGAUGUUGACACGGAAAUUCAGGUACACAAUGAACAAGCAUCCACAUCAUGUGCCUCUGGUCAGGCCUCUGCUUCUACAUCUUCAGAAAUGAAAAUACCACAAGCACCAGUACAAUUUGAAGUGAGGCAAACUGAUACAUCCAAGGGUAGAUGCCUAGUUGCAGUCACUGCUAUUCCUGCAAAAACUGUAAUCUUUGAAGAAGAGCCUUUUGUAUUCUCUCAGUUCGCUUGGAAUAAACAUUGUGGUUACUCAGCUUGUGACCAUUGCUUAAGGCCAUUGGAAAUUGUUGAGGCAAACAUAUCGCGUCUUACUAGAAAUAACAAUUUCAUGUUGCCGUAUCCUGAAUCGUGCCAGACUAAGAAAAAUCAACACGAACCCUGUCCUGAUUGUUUGAUUACCUAUUGCUCAGAGAGUUGUCUAAAAACUGCAUAUCAAGAGUAUCACAAAACACUUUGUCCUGGGUAUGGUGAUACGAAACAUGAUCCCAUGUCAGUUUUAGAAAACGCAUGGAGAAAAAUACAUUAUCCUCCAGAAACUACUACAAUAUUCUUGCUCGUGAGAUUAUUAGCGAGGAUUAUUCAGGCACCAGAUAAACAAGAGAUGGUGCAAAAAAUUUUAAAUUUUUCUCACAAAAGCGUUAACGAACAUGAAAAAUUAUCCCACAAAUUUUUAGGUGAUCAGUUUAAAGAUCAACUGAUUGAAUUAAGGUCAAUGGUUUCUAGAGUAAUUUAUCCAGACCAAAGCCCAGAGGUGCACCAGUUUUUAACAUCCGAAGGAUUCCAGUCUCUAAUUGCUUUGAUUGGAACAAAUGCUCAAGGUGUGGCAACUAGUGCAUUUAGUGCUUGGCGAAGGAACGUUGAAACAUUGCGUUUGCGAAAAAAAGACCAAGAAGAAGUUGAUGAGUUAGUCGAAGAAAUAUAUGAGGACAUGGAAAGAUGUACAGGAGGGGAGUUUUUGGAUAAUGAAGGAGUGGGUUUAUAUGUCAAACAAAGUAGUGUUAAUCAUAGUUGUGAUCCGAAUGCUAUCGUUAAAUUUUGGAAUAAUAAUUUCAGAUUAUCUCUUGUGUCCAAGAAGAACAUAGAGCCAGGUGAAGAAAUUUGCAUCAGCUAUCUGGAUGAGUGCGAACUGCAUAGGUCAAGACAUUCCAGACAAAAAUAUUUGAAAGAGAAUUACCUUUUCACUUGUCUUUGUCCUAAGUGUAUCUCAGAAGGUGACGAUCCAGAUGUUACAAGUGAAGAAGAGGCGUCUGAAGAUGAAAAUGAUGAGUAAACAACACAAAUGAAAUUAAAAAAAUACAAAAAAACAUAUUCAAAUUAAUUUGCUUUUUAUAAUGAAUUUAUAUUUUCUCUUUUGAUUAUGAUUAUUGGUAAAAUAAAUGUUUUUUCACUUAUUGACAAUCAUUUUAUUUAUGUACACAAAAUACAAAGGUUACAUAUAAUUAAGUACAACUUGUGCUAGAUGGUACCAAGUUAAUCAAUUGAUUACUACUCUCAGCUAAUUCAGUUAUUGAAACUCUGCCUCUUUGCCUAAUGAACUUUGCUACAGCUUCCAUUUCACUAGGAGAUACAAAAAUAAACUUUCCUCUGUCGUCUAUGACUCCACUCAAUAUGUCAUCUUUUUGGAGGUCUUUAAUUCUGUCUAUACAUGCUUGAGUUUUAAGUUUGAAAUGUGCUGCCAGAUCUUCAAUGAUAACUACUUUGUUUUGUUUGAUGUAGUUAACAAAUUCUUGGAGUAGGUUUUGUGACUCCCCUUCUUCACCUUCUUCAUAACCCUCUUCUUCAACUGAAAAAGCUUCCUUCAUUUGCAAGUAUUCUUCAAGUUCCUUACGUUCUUUUUCUUCUUUGAUUUUCCUCUCAGCUUCUUCCCUUUCCUUUUCUUUAGCAUCCUCUUGUUCUUUUUGUUUUAGUCUUUCUGCUUCUUCUAGUUCAGUUUUCUUCUUCCUGUGAAAGAUUCAAGUUUUAUAAAUGUAUAUUCAAAUUUUUCAAAAGUACUGCGUAUCAA